AUGGGAAUCUUGGGAACAGCUAUUACUUAUUCUUUCUUGACUUCUUCAUCCAUUUUACUGAACAAAAUAUUUUAUAUCACCAUCUUCAUCAAGAAUCAAUUAUUUACAUAUGGAAAAAUGGUUGGAAAGAAUUAUACUUUUGAUAAUGAAACAAUUCAUCAAUUUGAAAAUAAUAUAUAUAAAUAUUGGUAUUGGAUUAAAGAUACAUAUCCAGAAAUAGGAACAGUUGCUUCUAGAAUUUUUGGUAUUUGUGCUAAUGCUGCAUCA